UCAAAGAAGAAGUAAGGCUACUACUGCCCUACAAACGACACCGUUUUAACAAAUGUUUAACACUGUAUCAUUUGCUGUUUGGAUCAUUUAUUCUCAACCGAGUUAAUCACAAGUUAAAGAGCAAAGUGCGGACUUCCAGUGGGAGAGCUUUGAACAUCUGGGAGGCUGAGAGAAGUCAUGCUUCUGGUGGAUCCAGGUCUGUAUAUCGGCACUGCAGCUGACCUGAAUGAUAGCCAGGGAUUGACCGACACAGCUAUCACUCAUAUCCUGUCUGUGGACUCUGUGGACACUGCCCCUUCGCUUCCUGCUGAUAGGACCUUCUGCAAGAAAUGGGUGAAUGUUCUGGAUGAAGUAACCUCCGACCUCCUGAGUCACAUGGAUGACUGCUUCUCUUUCAUCCAGAUGGCGGUGGAUGGAGGUGGGGCUGCACUUGUUCACUGCCAGGCUGGUCGGAGUCGCAGUGCUGCCAUAAGUACUGCCUACCUAAUGAAGCGACACCAUCUUGGCUUCAAUGAGGCUUACCACAGACUGAAGAGUGUUAAACACGAUGUACAGGUCAACAGUGGUUUUGAGCAGCAGUUGUGUCUGUAUGAAGCCAUGGACUGUGAAGUGGACACCUCUAGUCCUCUUUACAAACAGUACAGACUGACCAAGAUCUCUGAGAAAUACCCUGAGUUGCAGUUUGUUCCCAAAGACCUUUUUGCUGUUGACCCCGCCACCUCCUCUGAAGUGUCUUACCGUUGUAGGAAGUGCAGACGUGCUCUGUUCCACAGCUCCAGUAUUCUCAGUCACUCUGUAGGAGGAGGAGUGCAAGCCUUUGGUCACAAGAAGAUCACUAACGACACUGGAGACAUCCAGUGUACGUCUUACUUCAUUGAACCAGUGCAGUGGAUGGAAAAAGCGUUGCUUGGAGUCAUGGAUGGACAGCUCCUGUGUCCUAAGUGUAGCUCUAAGCUAGGCUCAUUCAGCUGGUGUGGAGAUCGGUGUUCGUGUGGUCGCUGGGUCACUCCUGCCUUUCAGCUGCACCGCAACCGAGUGGACGAGAUUCGACACCUCAAUGUACACAAAUAACACAACUGAAGAAGUGUCUAAAGGCAGAACAACACACCAACAGUGGAACAGCCAAUCAUUUACAAGACCAACGGGGCAACGUGAACAUGGGAAAAAACACCUCUGCCCACAUCAAAGAGAUGCCUUUUUCAUUCUGCAUAAAUGGAGUUACAUUAUUUACCAUUUGAGAUGCUAUCCAUCUGAAUCUGAUUCAUUUCUAUCCAUAAUUCACUUCAUUUGGAGAGUGGCCACAUUCUUUUGAAUUAUUGUAAACAUAGAUCAUAUUAAAUAAUGGUUCAGUUUGGAGAUAAAUUGACUGCAUAUAGUUUCUUAUGUGUGAAUGUUAGUGUAACAUUUUGAGCUGUUUGAAGAAAUCUCUGUGACGACUCCUCUGGUUCGUGGACGCAGUAGUACAGUGCAGAGCUAAAAUCUCUUAACUUUGCUGAUUUUUUGUAAGAAGUGUCCUCAGUGCAGUGCAUAUUCCUUUCUUUUUUAUGAUUUCUACAGGGUAGGCUUAAUCAAAAAAAAAAAAUACUUUAUUGAU